AUGCGCAAAGGUGAUCUCUUCAAAGACACACUGGUUUUUGCAAAUGAUGAACCUAUUCUGAAGGAAACCAUAAGGAAGUCCACUGUUAUUGAUUGGACCAGAUACUUUUGUCUUGACAGCUCAGGGAUCUCAGUGAGCUCUCUGGAUGAAUCUCACGUUGGCUUGGUGAAUCAGACGUGGAAGUUUGGAAAGAGCGGGGAGGCUGCCAGGAUGAUCCGGAACAUGCUCGCAAACUUCCCCUCCUGCUGCGUGCUGGAUGCAGAAGGAAAGCCCGUGUCCUGGAUCCUGACUUAUGCGUCGUGUGCCAUGGGGAUGCUGUACACUCUGCCAGCGCACAGAGGGAAAGGCUUUGCUAGAGUCCUGGUCAGCGCCAUGACCAAGAAACUCCACACUCAGGGCUACCCAGUGUAUUGCUUCAUAGAGGAGGAGAACAUGCUCUCAUACAGGCUCUUUAAAAACCUGGGCUUCAUUGAAGAUCCCUCAUACAGAGAAACCUGGUUUGGAUUCAAUGAUCUUUAAAGAUCUCAAAGAAGAAGUCCCUACAA